GGCCGAAAUGAGCUGAUUGCCCGCUAUAUUAAGCUGAGAACAGGGAAAACACGCACAAGGAAACAGGUAUCAAGUCACAUCCAGGUCCUGGCAAGGCGGAAAGCUAGAGAGAUCCAAGCCAAGCUCAAGGAUCAGGCAGCUAAAGAUAAAGCCAUGCAGAGUAUGGCUACAAUGUCAUCUGCCCAGAUUAUCUCCGCAACUGCCUUCCAUAGUAAAAUGGCCUUGCCCGGUCUCCCACGACCAGCCUACCCUGCUGUUUCUGGGUUUUGGCAAGGAGCUUUGCCAGGCCAAGCUGGAUCUUCCCAAGACGUGAAACCUUUUUCUCAACAACCUUACGCUGUACAGCCUCCGCUGCCAUUACCAGGCUUUGAGUCUCCUACUGGCCUCUCGCCUUCCCCAUCAGCACCAGCUUGGCAAGGACGAAGGGUUGCUAGCUCCAAACUUUGGAUGUUAGAAUUCUCUGCAUUCUUGGAACAACAACAAGACCAAGACACAUAUAACAAACACCUGUUUGUACACAUUGGGCAGUCAAGCCCCAGCUACAAUGACCCCUACCUCGAGGCAGUGGAUAUCCGGCAGAUCUAUGACAAGUUCCCCGAGAAAAAAGGGGGCCUGAAGGAGCUCUUUGAAAGGGGGCCAGCUAAUGCCUUCUUCCUUGUCAAAUUCUGGGCUGAUUUGAACACCAAUAUUGAAGAUGAAUCCAGAUCUUUCUAUGGCGUUUCCAGCCAAUACGAGAGCCCAGAAAAUAUGGUCAUUACCUGUUCCACCAAAGUGUGUUCCUUUGGAAAGCAGGUGGUGGAGAAAGUGGAGACAGAGUAUGCACGCUAUGAAAAUGGACACUAUUCCUAUCGCAUUCACCGUUCCCCUCUCUGCGAAUACAUGAUAAACUUCAUUCAUAAACUCAAGCACCUUCCUGAGAAGUAUAUGAUGAACAGUGUGCUGGAGAACUUUACUAUCUUACAGGUUGUGACAAACAGGGACACACAGGAGACCUUGCUGUGCAUAGCAUAUGUUUUUGAAGUGUCAACUAGUGACCACGGUGCCCAGCAUCACAUCUACCGGCUGGUGAAGGACUAGAGACUCUGCCCUGAGUCGUCCAUGGGAUGCAUGUCUAAGGAAAAAGCCCGUGCUUGAACAACCCCUGACCCCUCAUACCAAACUGAAAAAUAAACUGCAGAUAUUGUGUAUUU